CUGUCUCUCCGUCAGGUGACGGCGGGGGACGGCGCUCUGGCAGCCUGCAGAGGAGCAGGAGGGCGCAGAGGCAUGGAGCUGUCGGCGGUGUUGAUGCGGCUGCUGUGGCUCUCGGCGGCGCUGGCUGCCUCCUCCUCCUCGCGCCGGCCCCGAAGUGCGGAGGCGCCGCAGAGCUCGUCCCCCUUCGGCCCGGUGUGGCCCCUGCCCCGCUCGAUCCGCAUCUCCCCAGACCGGCUGCAACUCGCCCCGAGGCGCUUCCAGAUCGUCCACGGCGCCGGGUCCUCGGCGGGGCCUCAGUGUUCCCUGCUGCAGGACGCCUUUCGCAGGUAUUAUGAAUACCUGUUUGGAUAUUCCAAACAUCAGAAACAUGAAGAAAAAUCUUUGGCCAAUACUGAGUUAGCUGCACUUCAAAUUAUUAUUACUUCAGAGGAACCUGACUGUGACAAAUAUCCUGACAUCUCAUCAGAUGAGGAAUAUAAUCUCUCCAUUGGUGAGCCAGUGGCGGUACUGAAGGCAGAGAAGGUUUGGGGAGCACUAAGAGGUUUGGAAACUUUCAGCCAGUUAGUAUUUGAAGAUGACUAUGGAACUUUCUUUAUCAAUGCAUCUGACAUUACCGACUUCCCAAGAUUUGCUCAUCGAGGAAUCUUAAUUGACACAGCAAGACAUUUUCUACCCUUGAAAAGUAUCCUGACCACUUUGGAUGCCAUGGCUUUUAACAAAUUCAAUGUCUUGCACUGGCAUAUUGUAGAUGACCAGUCCUUUCCUUACCAGAGUAUCACUUUUCCUGAACUGAGUGCUCAGGGGUCUUAUUCUUACAAUCACAUUUACACUCCUACUGAUGUCCGUCUGGUGAUAGAGUAUGCUCGAUUACGUGGCAUUAGAGUCCUCCCAGAAUUUGAUACUCCAGGCCAUACACAGUCUUGGGGAAAAGGACAGAAAGAUAUCCUCACGCCGUGCUACAAUGGAGAACAUCCAACUGGCUCUUAUGGACCCAUAAACCCCAUUUUGAAUGCAACUUACGAGUUCAUGGCUAAAUUUUUCAAGGAAGUUGGCACAGUGUUUCCUGAUGAGUACAUCCACUUAGGAGGAGAUGAAGUGGACUUCAGUUGCUGGAAGUCCAACCCUGCUGUGAAAGAAUUUGUGAGGAAGCAAGGGGUUUGGUAUAGCUACACAAAACUGGAAUCUUAUUACAUUGACAAAAUGUUGGACGUUGUAUCCUCCCUUAACAAGAAAUCCAUAGUCUGGCAGGAAGUGUUUGAUAACGGAGCAGAGCUAUCAUCAGAUUCAGUUGUUGAAGUCUGGAUGGGGAACUCCUAUGAAGAAGAAUUAAGAAAAGUAACAAAAGAAGGGCUCCCUGCAAUUCUGGCAGCACCGUGGUACCUAGACUACAUUAGCUAUGGCCAAGACUGGAUGAAAUAUUACAAAGUCGAACCACUCAGCUUUUCGGGCUGUGAAACACAGAAAAAACUGGUGCUUGGAGGAGAAGCCUGUCUAUGGGGAGAAUAUGUAGAUGCAACUAACCUCAUUCCAAGACUCUGGCCUCGUGCAAGUGCUGUUGGUGAGAGACUCUGGAGCAGUAAGAAUGUGACUGAUCUUGAAGAUGCGUAUAGCAGACUAUCUGAACAUCGCUGCCGUAUGCUUAGGCGUGGAAUAGCAGCACAGCCUUUGAAUGUUGGAUUCUGUCGCCAUGAAGUGAGAAAUCCAUAACAUCUUCAGGGCAUGAGGUUACUAGCAGUACCUUUUGGAUCAGGAAGUUUGCACAUUCCAUCAAACAUUUGAACUGGAGCCAUCCACUUCAAAAUGCUGGAACUUUACAUAGAAUUAAAUUUUGCACAUGUUUGACAGGGGAAGGACUCUUCUCAUUAGCUAAUUUAAAAAUAAAUACUGAUUUGUUUAUUUAAACUGUUAGUGUUUUUUUUAAUUAAAUGUAAAUGACUGCUAUCCUUGUAUAGAUAAUACAGAAUAUAUUCAUUCUUUAAUAAACACUUCCAUAAAAACACA